UCUGGUGAUUGGCCGAUGGUCCUACUCCUGCCAAAUCUAACUAUUAUUACCAAUAGAAUCUGGUAGUAGGUAACAAUUACUUGAAUAGAUAAACCAAUCCAACUACCAAGCUUAUGAUCAAGCUGAUGCAAAGAUAUGGAGGAGAAAUCAGAAAUCUAUAUCCCUAGAGUUAAACUGGGCACUCAGGGUUUGGAGGUGUCCAAAUUGGGCUUUGGGUGUGCUGGACUUUCUGGAAUGCUCAAUGCUCCUCUUUCCCAUGAAGCUGGAUGUUCAAUUAUAAGAGAAGCAUUUUCUAGAGGUAUCACCUUUUUUGAUACAGCCGAUAUCUAUGGAGAGAAUCACCACAAUGAGUACAUGGUUGGAAAGGCGUUGAAGCAGUUUCCUCGAGAGAAAAUUCAGUUAGCUACUAAAUUUGGAAUUACCAUAUCAGAGGGGUUUCAGUUAGGAGCCAAAGGUGACCCUGAAUAUGUUCGGAAAUCCUGUGAAGCGAGUCUUAAGCGGCUUGAUGUGGACUACAUUGAUCUCUACUAUCAGCAUCGUGUUGACACUUCAGUGGCAAUAGAGGAUACUAUAGGAGAGCUCAAGAAACUGGUGGAGGAAGGAAAGAUAAAAUACAUUGGGUUGUCGGAAGCUAGCAUCGACACAAUAAGAAGAGCACAUGCAGUUCAUCCCAUCACUGCUGUACAGAUGGAGUAUUCUCUGUGGACCCGUGAUAUUGAAGAUGAAAUAAUUCCACUUUGCCGAGAGCUCGGUAUUGGACUGGUAGCAUAUAGUCCUCUUGGUCAUGGGUUCUUUGGUGGAAAGGCAGUGGUGGAGAGCUUGCCAAAAGAGAGUAUGUUGGCUGCGCACCCUAGGUUCAUAACGGAGAAUUUGGAGAAGAACAAGCUUCUAUUUUCCCGUCUUGACAAUCUUGCCGCAAAGCAUGCCUGCACCCCUGCUCAACUGGCUCUGGCAUGGCUCUUCCACCAGGGAGAUGAUAUAGUCCCAAUUCCUGGGACAACUAAAAUUAAGAACCUUGAUGACAACAUUGGAGGUUUGGCAGUGAAACUUACCGAAGAAGAGUUGAAAGAAAUUAGUGAUGCUGUUCCCAUUGAUGAAGUGAGUGGCCAAAGGGAAAUGGAUGCUCUUGCUAAAUAUUCCUGGAAGUUUGCUGAUACCCCAUUGAAAUGCUGAGAUUUCUAGGAUUAUUUCAACCCAAGCACGUGUCGCAACUUUUAGGCGUCAAGCUUUAAAAAAAUUACUGCAUAAUAUCAGACUUACAAUUCUGUAUUGUGAUCAUAGUGUGAGCUUGUGAAUUCGAAAAUCUAUCAAUUAUUAAGUUUGUUUCUUCUCAGAAAAUAAAGGAGCACUCUUGCUGAAA